AUGACGGCUGUGCUGGCCCGAGACUCAAGACACAAUCAGAGUUUUGAGUCAGACGAAAGCGACCGCCAAUCAGUGGAUGAUCCUAUGGCCAGUGAUUUGCAUCCAGACGAAGAGGGGGAUCACAUUCUCAGAGAUGACAUAGUCGAAAAUGGUGCGAAGAGGCGAUGUAAGUUGCUAUUUGGGUUAGAACUAUGAUUUUUUGUUUUUUCUACAACUUUGACAAAGGCUAGCUAAAUUAGGGUGUAAAGGAAAGAUUAAGUAAGCAUAGCCGGUAUUUUUAUAAUGUUUUUGGUUGGUUCUUGGCUACUUUACAGUAAAACUAACUGUUGUUUUUACUGAGCAAACAAUACUUACUUUUUGUUAAAGUAUUAUAGUUUUUAGAGAAAAUUUAAAUAAUUUUACUACAGAAUUACUUUUUUUUUAAAUAAUUUAGGUAAUAUUGAAAUACUAUAAUUCCAUUUUUUUGAACUUCUCAUGCUAAUAAUCAUUGUAGGUCAAUAUGCUACUGUAUACCUUUAUUUACCCUCCAAUAAUUGUCUAUUUAUAGCCGUCGCGGAUCAUGUCCUGGUGAACGGAGAGCGCGUCGUUGUUGUGGAUCCGAACGUGUCGGACGUGGAGGAAGAGAUGGACGAGGAUUCGGAUCGGCCCGCCUCCUCCACCAAACGAUCUGUCUCACCCCAACUCUUGGCCAAACGACGGAAAGUGGAGCAGCCGGUGAAACGACCGGCCGCCACCGAAGCACAGUUUAGCCCAGUCAAGAAAAUGGGACGAAAUGCGUCGAUGGCUUCUUUGAACGAUUCUGGAGUUGUUAGUGGAGAUGAUUCUGGGUAAGACGAGGUUUUUUUUGAAUUUUGUAUUUUUUUCAGAAAGAUAAGAAAUUUUAAUUUUUUAAAAAGGUAAUAAAAUUAUGUGACGAUAAAAAAAUAUUUUUUAAUUUUUAAAAUAGGAAUAAAGACUUAAAUUUAAAAAACAAUAUUUUAGGUCAGCGAACGUAUCAGUACCAGCAAAUCUACUUAAAUUACUAUUGGCUGCUGCUGCUGGUGACGACAGUGUUGCAUUCACAGAUGUACUAAAACAAUGUCCAGAACUUAUCGAAUCUUUCAACGAAUACCUCCCUUCCUGUUCAAAACAAACGCCUAAAGUAAAGGAAGAAAAUGAAGAUACGACGACAACGAUUGAUCCUAACACAUUGGCCAAAUUGUGUAAGUUUUUAGCAUUAUUUUAUGGCUCUUUUGAAAUAGAGGGACACUAGUAGGUAAGACAAUACUGUUUUGCUUGCAAAUUAAAAGUUUGAGCGAAAGAGUUUUAAUUCUAAAUUAAAUCAGUUUAAAUUUUAAAAUUGAAGCAAUGUUAGCUGCAAAUUUACCGUGAACAGUGACCAUUUGAAAGUACAUACUUAGAAUAAUUUUUAAAUGCCUUUAAAGUGCAAAGCUUAUUUUACAUUGAGAAAUUGAAGUUUUCGGAAAAGUUUGAAUUCUCGAUUAAUUGCCUCGAAUUUUUUUUUGUAAUGUUUACGACUCGAGGUUAUUGUUAUUGCUAAAAAGUUGUAACGAAAUGUCUUGACAUUUCUAUAAGAGAGGCUGCUUUAUUUUACAUCAGACUUUGCUUCUUAUAAUAUCUAUUAUACAAAACUCUUAUACCAGCUUAAUUUUUAUAUACUAUCUGGUAUAAUAGCUUUGUCACACUAUAAUUGAUGUUGUGGAAUCAAAAACAAUAUUUUAAAAGUUGAAUACAUUCCAAAACGAAAUAACAAUGAAAACCGAGGUUAAAAUUUUAGUCUUGUGACAACUUUGACAAUAGUUUUUGGGAACGUGACGUGACUAAUCACAUUCGAAUACUAUAAUAUAAUAUGACCGAGAGUCUGUCGAAUGUAAUAUCAUGUUGCCCUUUACCGCGGACGGUUAGCAGUGAAGGGUAAUGUAAAGGAUAGUUCAUAGUGUGUUAUUCAACUUACUGCGGUGUUUUGUAUAACUAACUGCGGAAUUUUGUAUAACUUGUUGCAAUAUUGAUGUACAUGUUGUUUAACGCACUAUGGAGUCACUUACCGUGAUGUUGCAUUCAACUAUAGUAGACUUACUGUGAUGUUUUAUUUAACUGUAGUAUCUUGCUCAACCCUCUAUACGUCAAGUUACCCAUGUGGUUGCCAGUGCAGCUGUUAGUCGCCUAUUCUUUAAGCCUUGCAACUCCCUUUUAAGCCAGCUAGCCGCCCUCUUCCUCCCAAUUUUGUUUUCUUUUUAUAAGCUCGAUUUUACGUUUUUAAUCUGGCGUCGCGCGGGUCGGGUUUGAAGGUUGUUUUCCCUCUGAAGAUUGUCAUUUUACUUUGAAUUGGAAGGAAACACCUCAACCGAAUCAAAUUAGUGUGUUCCGGAAACACUUGAGAGUUUACCGAGCUGUAGAACAUAUUUACUCGGUAAUUUCACGCAGAAUCGGUUAGGAACUUGAAAGAAAAGGUUUAUUUUUGAACAAAAACAAAGUCAUUUUAAGAACAAAAGGUACCGCUUUCUUCUUUUCUUCAGUUGUUUGAGCUAUCUGGAGAAAUAUUAAUAUCGUGGUUAAGAAAAUACAAAAUAGUUUGUCAAGUUAUUGAUCCUUUUAUUCUUACAAAAGUAUUAUUUUACUCGAAUUUAAAAGAAAACGUCUAGAAAUUAGUGAAAAGUGUGAUUUUGCGGUGAAAAACAAGUAAAUGUGGGGUAAUAGAUGAGUAAAUACGAUCAGAAAGGAUUACCACGGAUUCAGGGUCACGUCGAAGGCUUAAUUAGUUAGCGCGAGAACUUUAUCACUUCAAUUUUGUUAUUUUAAAGUUUUUAUGAUUAAUUUGACCAGCUUCUCACAGAAUUAAUCAUAAAAUGUUAGGUAUAUUCAUCACAAUAUUAGGUCGUAUAUUUUUAUAAUAAUACUUAAAGCAAUAUAUUACUAAUAAAUCUAUUUUUAGCUGCCCUGUCAUCGGCCGAACAAAUCACGACCGCUUUGGCCUUGUGGCCAAACGCCACUAUCGGCGAUUUGGCUAAUCGUGCAUUUGCACUGGGACAAGAACCGUCUACGGCUACAAAGAAAGCUUCAAUGAAGCUCUCGAAAGCAGAAGAUCAGGAUUUUGAUGACCAAGGCACCACUAAUUGGCUAGAAUUGUUUAAAAAUGUAAGAUAAUAUGAUUCAUAAUGGUAACACGGCUUUUACAUUGUUAGUAAUGAUAAAUUGCUUUUACAUGGAAGUAAGAAAUAGGGAUUUUUGGAAUUUGUGACUUAUAUUUUUAAAGAUUUUAUAAUUAUAAGAUGAUCAUUUUAGGAAAAACCUCAACAGAUCACGAUAACUCGAACUCCAGCUCGAGCGGUGUCAGCCAGAGCUCGUGAACCUAGUGGGCAUCAUAUGAAGUCUUCCGAAUCUGUAUUGAGUCAGUUACGAGCACAGAAAGCAGAGGUGAAUCCAGAAUUGGCAGAGUUGGAACAGUUUGCACAACAUUUCAAACGGCAACGAAUCAAGCACGGUAUGAACUUUGAAUAUCUUUUGUUAUCAUAAUUGAUACGUAGUUUAAAAAAAAUAAAAAAAAAUAUUUCAAAAUUUAGGUUUCACCCAAGGAGAUGUUGGUAUAGCACUUGGACGUCGCUACGGAACCGAUUUUUCUCAAACCACGAUUUCUCGUUUCGAAGCCUUGAAUCUGUCGUUUAAGAACAUGUGCAAGCUGCGCCCACUGAUGGAAGAAUGGAUGAACGAAGCCGAAGCCGCCAUUGAACGAGGGGCUUCUGUUACCGAGAUCAUGGAAGCAGAAUCGUUAGCUUCACCGUCGGCCGAAACCAUCGACGACGACGCGGCCAAGUUGAAGGCGCUUCUGGAACAAUCUGUGGAUUCUAGCCAGGUCCGUGUGUUCAAUAAUGUCAAGUCUCGUGAGUCUGAUAGGGUCUACAAUGAUAAGUCUGAUAGGAUCUAUGUUGAGCAUCCUAACAACUUCUAUGUUAACUAUGGUGUUGUACCGUUUAUUGUGAAGCCUUUGUCUGAAAAGUCUGCCAAUAUCAAUAGGUCUCAAACUACCAACAUUGAAAAAGGUAAAUUAGGUAAGGAUAGUGAAGGUAGAGUACAUAAUUCAAUGUAUAUGUACAAAGUAACCCCAUUUGAGUUUGCAAGAGAUAGUAGUACAGCUUAUAAGAAUAGGGUGCCAACAUUAUCAUCUAGCAGCCCUAGACGAACACAACCAGUACCAUACAGAGAUAGGAACAACUUAAAGAUGGCUGAUAUGACAUGUUUCCCCGUCCAUAAACCAACUUACCCAGAAAGCUCAACAUUAGAGAGAGCGAAGUCCACUUCUAGCCUCAGGCUAAUAGCACAUGAUCACAGCAAUGAUAACAUCCAUUACGAACACAUCAAACGACUGUUAAGAAGAGCUGAAGCCAGAUUGAACGAUAUGAACCUAGAGAAGAAACAACGAAAGAAGGUGGAGAAGUUUUUGAAGUCAGUCAAUGAACUACCGUACAUCGAUUGUGAUGCUCUGCCUGUGGUUAAAGAAGUCCUAUAUGAGCUGAAUGCAAAGUUAGUGGGAGAACCAGCUGUGUAUUCACCUAUUAUGAGAGACUACAAGAAGGAUAAUGUAAUUGAUAGGCUUCUGACCUGGCUUAGGAAUCAUUUGUUUUUCAAAGAGAAGGGAACCAAGUUUGAUGGAGUACGUAGAAAGGAUUCAGAUAUAGCUGAAAAUAAGUGGAAAAAGAAUUCUAAACACUCGGAUGACUCAGUUGAAGUAGCAAAGAGAGCACAACAACUUUUGACACAAAUGGUACCACCAAAAAGAGUUGAGGAUAUAGAGAACAAGCUACCAGAAUAUCACAAAAACUACUCUGAAGACGAACUUGUUGAUGAAGAAGACUACGAUUUGGUUGAAGAAGAUGAAGAUGGAGCGCUACAAACUCUAGAUAAUGAUGUCUUUAAAAAUCACUUCAACUCAACUCAUUGGAACGGUCAAGAACGGCCAGUCCAAGUGGAUCUUGGCUACGACGACAGCUUCAAAACUUUUUGGAACAACGACUGGUGGAACAACAACCAGUACAACUACGGAAUGCCAUGGCAAGAUCAAAGUAACUUCUUCUGCUCUGUAGCUCUUCAGACUCAACAAGAUGACUAUGACGCUUUUGAUAAUGACUGGAACCAAAGUGAAUGGAAUAGUAUCGAGAGGACACAGGCGCUGGGAUGGGCUGAGGAUGUUGCUGAAGAUGUCCACGAUCUGUUCUUUGUUGAUGUGGGGGAGGAGUAGUUGUUGUAGGAGGAGAAGAAGAUGUGUUGGUAUCAUGAAGAGUUGAUGGCGCAACAGGUGUUCGGAUCUGGAAGCAUGGUAUUUGAGGAUGCUGAUGAGGAAAAUUGAUUGUACGGGUCUUACUUCUGGUCGAGUGUGAAGGCUUUUGGCGAGAGAUAAAGCGGAAUAGUGUACUACAAUAACAUAAAAUGGUUGUAAAAUACUAGAAUACGGAAAGAGGAAAUGGUUUAAAAUGUACAAAAUUUAAUUUCUUAAGAUUAUAAUAAAGUAAAGGGGAUAGUAAACGUGGUGAAGGUGAUUCUCGGUGACAUAAGCGAUGGCUCGAUCAAGGCUCGGCUGUCAAUUCUUGAGCUUAUUAGUUAAUAUUGGUUUUGAAGGUUGUAUGGGUAAUGAAAUGGCAUUUAAAAUACAAUUUAGAUAUUUGCUUUAAAAUUACAUAAAGAUUAGUGUGAAUAAUAUAGUAGUAUAUUACUAAUGUCGAUAUGAAGUUUUAGUUAUCAUCUAUCUUGAUGGUCAUAUGAAGCACUGCUGUUUGUCUGGACUGAAGAUGUUAUUAUCUAUACUUGGCAUUUAGUUGCCUUUAUCAAUCAAUAUCACACUUAUUGUGUUGUGUAUUAUCAACUACUUAACGUUUUUACAUUACUAAUAAUUGACUGCUCAUGUAACUAUUUUCUAACUUUGAUCAAUUGUAAAAUAAUGAGAAAUGCAAGUAAUUACAAGUGAAUAAACAGUAUUUUUUUCAGUUUUCCCCUGAUCGCUGCUCCCCAAUCCUCCAAGGUGCUGUUCAAACCGCCUUUGGCAACAUGUUGCCGGCCCUAAAGAAACGUCGCAAACGCACGAAUCUUGACACCAGGCAGAAGGACGCGCUGGACAAUUACUUCCUCGAGAACCCGCGGCCAGAUCACGGCAAAAUGGCCGAGAUUGGGUGUGAAUUGGACUUGGAUCCAGAUGUAAGUGAUUUUGGUAGUUUUUGGUCAUUUUAGAACGGUUUAUGUUGGUUUUGUAUGGCAGAGUUAAUCGAACUUACCAUCAAACUCAAACAGUGUCAUUAAUGUUCUAUAAUAUAAAGUUAUACUAUGAUUUCAUAUUACAGGUAGUCCGUGUAUGGUUCUGUAAUCGCCGCCAAAAGCUCCGUAAAGUAGUCUAA